AUGGGGAAACAGUACGUGCUAGAUUGCAUACCUGGCUGUCAGUGCUCUCCGUUGCCGUUCUCCCUCCUCUACGUAUCGCGCUCCGUUUCGGAGGAGGUGAUGCGCAUUCUCUACUCCGAGAACACGUUUACCAUCAGCCGAAGCGACUUGUGGGGUUUGAAACCUCUACGAAAUCUAAGCACAAAUGCCCUGUCGUGCCUCCGCUCUAUAACGGUCCGCCUGAAUAAUUGCGAAUGUGUCUACGGACCUAGUCUCCGUAUGCAAGAUUGUGAGGGCACAGAGUUUCCAGGCCUGCUCCCAUGUCAUCCGCUAUGUCGAACCCUCGGAAUCCACGAUAAACCUCUACAAAAGCGAGCGAGGCAGCAUGCAGCCAUUUUAAGAGAAUGGCAACAAGUGGUUGGCAGAAUGGCUGCCCAUUGCCGGCCAGGUGUGCUACGCCUGGAUUUGGUUUGCGAUACUGGGGAUGUGUUGACAGCGAAAGUCCACUUGGAGUCACUUUCUAGCCUUCCGAAAGUCAGAGCUUGCUCCAUUCGUCUGAGCCAGAGUCCGGGCUGGGAACUUUCCGCUCUCGCAAGACAAACUGCCACUCAGCUCCUUGUUGGCCAAUCACAAGAAAAGGCACAGGACAACAAGCAAAGGCCGUACCAACUCCCACCGGAGAUUUUGACAAGCAUUCUCCAUCACUCAGAGCUCGUUGCACCAUAUGACUUGGAGUGGCGAUCUGACAAGGGAUUGGUGCCUUUUGACUGCUGUAAGAAAUGUACAGCAACGCUGGAUUGUUGUGCGUGCUCAUUUUAUCAUGGUGCCUACUCUUCUACGUGCACCUGCUGGAGGUUACCCCUGUCCAUCUUCCUUGUUAGUCAUCAAGUGUACGAUAUUGCCAUGUCGAUCUUCUACCAGCGAAAUCCCUUUAUCAUCCUUCCCCAAGGUGGACGACUGGACGACUUGGGUUCUUGCAAUAUGGCUAUGCCCGCGCUCACAAGCUUUCUUCAGAGGCUGCCGCCGCACGCUAUACCACUCUUACGUUCUCUAGGCGUUGCAUUUCCCCCAUUUAAAUCUCUCUUGGCCUCAGAGAGCCAUCAGCUAUUGGUCGAUUGGAAGAAUUCCCUCGUUUCCCUUUCCAGUCAAUGUAAUACCAAAGAACUUGCCUUGGAUCUCUUCAUGAGUGAUUCAAUGCCAUUUCGUGGUAACGAAGCAUAUCAGAGAGCGUUGAGGCGGAAUUACAAGCUCUUUACAAAGCCUCUAGAAUGUCUUAGUGGCCUUUACGAUCUAUUCAUCUAUUUGGAAUGGCCAGAAGGUUCCACUUCCCAGAGCAUGGUGGAGUAUUCUAAUAAGCUUGAAAAAGAGAUAAUGGGCGCAGACUAUAAUUCGAAAGCUCGAGGCAAAUUUAUUCGACUUCCUCAAUUGUGGUACGACGGUGAGUGCAGAGAAGGCCCUGUUUUCACAGCAAAUGGCCGACAGAUUUGGCCUAGGAUUUAUGAGAAAGCUGCUUUCGAUACUUUUCGUACGCCGUCAUAUACGUAUAUCUAG